GUAAUUAAAGUUGAAUUUGAUUAAAUUAAGUAUGAUUUAGUGUAAUGUGUGAAUUAUUUAGUUUAAAUCAUUGAUUUUAUUGACUGUUGACUGGUUUGUCAUUGUGUUGGUUUAAAUAUGUUUGAUUUUGUUGAUUAAAGUAUUGCGGUUGACUGUGUAAUGGGGUUAGCUAUGUUGGGUUUUAUUGAUUUGCUUUGCAUUUGUUUAUUAGGUAGAAAAAUGGCCGACAACGAAGAUGGAUUAAUUGAUAUAGUAUUUAGAGUAGGGGGUGCUUUUGUUACUAAACAAGUGUCAAAAUCAAAGCAUUUGCUUUGUUGGUGUGGUGGGUUAUGUUAUUGGAGGAGGGAUGUGGUAGUGGAUAAGAUAGAUUUGCAUUAUUUGAGGGUAGCUGUUGUGCUGUGCAUGGGCUUGGAUGGCAAGAUGUAGAGCUAAGUUGAUCAUUUUUGGUUCAGCAAGAGAGCAAUAUGCUAGGGUAUGGGAUUAUGGGAAGGCUGUACUGAAAUACAACCCUGGGUCUGGUUGUAAUGUUGUGAUUGAUGGCAUUGAAAAGCCUGAGCCUCCCUUGUUUAUGAGGAUGUUUAUUUGUUUAAGGCCUUUGAAGGAUGGGUUCUUGAAGGGUUGUAGGCCAAUUAUAGGGGUGGAUGGCUGCCACUUGAAAGGAGGUUAUCCAGGCCAGAUUUUAGUUGCAGUCUCCAAGGAUGGGAACAACAGCAUUUACCCCAUUGCUUGGGCAACUUGUGAGGUUGAAAACAGGGAGACUUGGGUCUGGUUUCUGGAAUCCUUGAUGCAAUGCAUUGGAAGUGCAGAUGGGGCAGGCUUUACCUUCAUGUCAGAUAGGCAGAAGGGACUGGUUGAAGCUCUGUCUGAAGUUGUGCCUAAUGCAGAGACUAGGUUCUGUGUUAGGCACAUUUGGGCAAAUUUCAAGUUGAAGUUCACUGGAUCAGUUUUCAAAGAGCUCUUUUGGAGUGCUGCAAGAGCAACAACAUUUGUUGAGUUUCAGAUAGCCAUGCAACAGAUUAGGGAGCUUGAUGAGUAUGCUUACAAUUAUUUGGAGAACAUCCCCACUCAUCACUGGUGCAGACAUGCAUUCAGUGACAGUUGCAGGUCCAACAUGUUACUAAACAACAUGUGUGAGACUUUCAACUCUGUUAUCAGAGAUGCAAGAGACAAACCUAUCCUCACCCAAAUGGAAUGGAUGAGGAGGUACAUGAUGAGGAGAAAUAAUGAGAAGUGGGAGGACUCCAAGGAAAUCACAACCAACAUCACUCCAUAUGUGCAUAAGCUAUUUCAGAGGAUGAGCUAUGUGGCUAGGAAUUGCAUAAUUGAAGCUGCCAGGGAUGACACUUAUGAAGUGCAGCUGAAUGAUGACCAGGCAUCCCAUGUAUUCAUGCAUUUGCAUGCAUAA